GGGAUGUAUGUGUGUGUGAGACCCGGAAAUGACCGAAAGAGGGGCAACGAGGACGGUCAUCGAGAUGAUGAAUCGUUCGAUCAUCCCUGCAACUAACUACAUCUCAUCUUCUCAUCACCUACACCUCUCUAUACCCUCAAACUAUACAAUACUAUACCCAGCCACAUCCCACGAUGCGCUACUCGUUAGCCGCUGCCACCACCACGGCCCUCCUGGCCACGUCCACCCUCUCCCUCGCCCUCCCUACCGCCUCGUCCCUCUUCAACCUCCAAGACUCGUCCCUCUCCGUCCCCGCCGUCGCAGAAAAGGUGUUUGGUAGCGUAGGAAGUUGGUUGGGCAACGCCGAGAAGAAUGUACACGAUACCGUCAAGGGGCUGAAGGUCUCCAAGUUGGUCCAGGAUGGCGUCGAUUACGACGUCCUGACCCACCCGGACCACCCUUCUUACCGUCUCCGAGUCACCUCGACCUCGAACUCGGGGACGGGGACGACCAUGCCUCACCUCUGCGACCCUUCCGUCAAGAUGAUCUCCGGUUACCUUGACGUCAGCGAGACCAAGCACUUGUUCUUCUGGUUCUUUGAGAGCAGGGACAAGCCCAAGGAGGAUCCUCUGCUCUUGUGGUUGAACGGAGGACCCGGUUGUUCCUCUACCACCGGACUCCUCUUUGAGCUCGGUCCUUGUAUGAUCACCUCGACCUCCCCUGACCCCUCUGGCCCGGCUACUUCGGUCAACACGACCUACAACCCUCACUCGUGGACCAACCACGCCAACGUGCUCUUCCUCGACCAACCCGUCGGGGUCGGCUACUCUUACUCGGACUCGGGCAGUGUCGACAACUCCCCUGCGGCAGCCGAGGACGUCCAUGCGUUCCUCCAGCUGUUCACGGCCAGGUAUGGAAAGUACAGGGACAACGACUUGCACAUCAGCGGGGAGAGCUACGCGGGGACCUAUCUACCCCACAUCGCACACGUCAUCCACUCUGAGAACAAGAAGAGAUCCACCUCGUUGGCCCCCUUGCCGAAAUUGAACUUUAAAUCGGUCAUGAUCGGGAACGGUCUCUCCGAACCAGCCACCCAGUUCGCCUCGGUCCCCGAGUACGCGUGCGAUUCGCCCUAUGCCGUCUACAAGGAUCCGAACGGGUCGGAAUGUGAGGGGUUGAGGAGCAAGAUGGCGCGGUGUGAAAAGUUGGCGGAGACUUGUUACAGGGUGAACAACAAGUUCGUCUGCGUCCCCGCUACCUUGUCCUGUUGGUCCGGGUUCGGACAGUUGCAAGACCUCGGUUUGAACAUGUACGAUACCAGGAAGAAGUGCGAUCGGGCCGAGGACAAGGACGGUCCCUUGUGUUACCGACAGAUGGGAUGGAUCGAGACUUAUAUGAACAGCCCCGAGGUCAAGAAGCAAUUGGGAGCUCCUGCCGAUAUCGAGUUCAAGAGCUGUAACAUGGAUAUCAACAAGUCGUUCUUGUUCAAGGCCGACGUCAUGCACCGAUCGUCCGACCUGUUGAUCCCCGUCAUCGAGGAUGGUAUCCGAGUCUUGAUCUACGCUGGAGUCAACGACCUCAUGUGCAACUUCAUCGGUAACGAGCACUGGGUCGACAAGCUCGAGACGACCUACCAAGCCGCUUUCUUAAACUCGACCGCCACCCCCUUCAUCUCGUCCAACAAGACCGAGGCUGGGUACGUCAGGUCGGCCGGUCACGGAGCCGGAAACAUUGCGUUCAUGGCCAUCUACGAAGCCGGACACAUGGUCCCGCAAGAUCAGCCUUUGGCUGCGCUCAACAUGUUGGACAGGUGGUUGAACAACGAGCCUUUGGCUUUGGGAAAGUAAAUAUCCCUCUAUCGAGGUGAAUGAGGAAUUGGUCAUGUAAUCGAUUGGAAGUAUGCCUGGAGCGAAAUAGUAUUCAUGAUUGCCAGU